GGCAUACGUUUGUUUUUGAUGACACGACCCUUACGCGAAGAAAGUUUAACUAUUAUUCAGGAUGGCAGAGCUCAAAUUGGAAAUGAAAGGUCAAAUUUUUGACGACAUUCCGAUCAUCCAAAGAGUUGGUUCUAAGUAGAAAAGCAAUUCCACAAGUUCUCCAGAGCGCUUGCACAGCUUUACCGGCGCUGUAACGAGUGUGUAAUUAGACAAGGACUCUACGUAAAGUGUUGAUGCGAAUAAAUUCGUUUAUUCUGUAUUUUUAUUUAAUAAUUUGGUUCAGGAACUUUCAGAUAUACUAUGAAUGUGUUUACUAUAUUUUUAAAUACUGUUGUGAGAAAAACUUAUAAAAAACCAAGUAUUACAUUUUUAUACUUUUUGACCGAAAAAAUAAAAUGUAUGAACAUAUAUAAUCUACCAUUUGGCAAUUAGAUCAAUUAUUCUUCAUGUCAUUGUAAAAUCUAUACCUACAUUUCUAGGACUGCAUGAGCUCUAAAAUUUCAUGCUGUGAGUAGUAAAUCAUUGAAAUCGACUUAUCCUUUAAAAAAUUAAAAUACAAUAUUUUUAUUAAUUUAUGUAACAAUCUAUUAUAAAUACCUAUACAAUACAUGAAAAUAUCCGCGAAUAAGUGUAAAUUUACAGAUAUAUUUUGGUGGAGUGAUGGGUGUAUGUUUACCUAUCUAUAACGCCGUACUAUGCUGAUUAUACGAUUAAAUGUAAUAAAAACAAAUUUAUUUUACGAAUUAUGUUUUUACUAGUUUCUUCAUAUUUAUUAUUGAUGCGUAUGCUUAGGUACUAAUUUCAUCGAAUUUUUCAUGUUCCAGUCAUUAAAGAAGUUGGUCAAGACAUAACAAUAAAAUGAAAUGUAUUUUAAUGAUAUAAUAUAUCUAAUGGCAUUAUAGAUAGUACAUGUUAGAUCAUCUACGAGUACAAUUGUGCCUUCAGUCCAUUGGUCGUUACAUUAAAGUUUUGGUAUUCAAACCGAUUACUAAUUUUUAUAACCUGUACGAAUUCAUGAACAUGAUAUCAUUCUACGCUGAACACGGCCAAGGAAUAGGAUCAAGAAUAAGCACCUUACAGUACACAUUCCCGUGCAACAUGGCAACGUCGCGUAUCGACGAAUCGGUUUUGUAUGGAACAGGAGGUAAGCUUUUGGAAGCGCUUAAGAGAUUGAUGGGUAAUUUGCCGUCACUCGAAAGAUUGGAAUUGAUAGAUUUGAUGUUGGAAAACGAAGACGCGCAGACGUUAUUAGACCAAGUGUGUUUCUACUGUUGUACCACGUUGAAAACCUUGGUAUUGGUGAAUACUACUAAAUACUUAUGCCAAUUGCUCCAUCCCGGAGUUUUCAUUAACUUACAGGUGUUGGUGAUUAGUCCUCAGAAUUUAGGAAGCGAUUUGUUGUUGAUGUUGGGUCAAAUCAGACUCAGUCACUUGCACAUACUCCAAAACCGUUAUACGCCCAUCGACAUCGAACCCAUGAACUCAUUCGACUGGAAACAUUGUGUGAAGACAAACGCAACAUUAAAAGUACAUCUCAGGGUGGAAUCUAUCCGAGAAAGACAGAUUUUAUGGCAACCUAAUUCACCUGUAACAAGUAUAAUUUUUAAAUCACCAAACAUGCAGAUGACCGCUGAAAUUUUAAAUAAAACAAUUGAAAUGUACUCUGAUCGAUUGCGGACGUUUGGGUAUCUGGAACUUCCAAAAUUCUACCAACCAUCGUCAUUCAAAGAGCGAAUUGAUACGACCUUAGUAAACUUAAUCCAGUUUUGUCCUAAGCUGGAUACAUUAAUGAUUAGAGAAAAAAUAUCUACGUGCACAUUGUUAUUGAUUUCAUACUAUGGUCAUUCAUUAAAAUUUUUACACGUUCGUCGCAAUGCCGUAAUAUUACGAUGUGAUUGGCCACGUCAAAAUGAUUGGUCAGAUGAGUUUUAUCAAUGGUUGAAAAAGUCCAGCACAUCGUACAAAAUAGUAGAAGAAGAAAUUGCGUUAUCUUUAGGUUUGAACAAUUGGACUAUGCUUAGUGAUCGAGAUUUUAAACGUAUAUCUCCGCAACUUUAUUCAUCGUAUUACAAAUAAAUAAAAUAUACCUAAAAACUAUAUCUAUAUUUUGACUUAAAAAUUAUUUUAUUUUUUAUGAAAUAAAAACUAAUGAAAGCUAAAAAAUAUUAAGAUUGUAUAAUGUAUAUGAAAUGUAUUGGUUAUAAUAACCUGUUAAUGUAAAAAAAAAAAAUUAUUUUUUUUAUAAUUUGCUGAAAAAAAU